AUGACUACUGAUGUCGAUUCUUUUGAAAUUGAAGGAGAUGAUCAUAACGAUGAACAUAUUUUGAGUAAUGAGGAUUUAGAGUUUACAGAUUACUCUGGUGGUGGUAGUGGUGGUCAAUGGUGGCGUAAUGUAAAAUAUUGGUUCUAUAGGAAUCGACUUUAUUGGCAAAAUGGUGGUGGGCUAAAUGAUAGAAUUAACGAAUCUAGUGGUAGAGGUAUACCUUUGUAUGAUUUAGAUGGGAAUGGUGAUAGGUUAAAUGAUGAUUCAAAUGAAUUUAUAACUCCUCAGAAGAAAUAUUUCGGCCGCCACAAUUGGAUAGUGAGAAAGGGUCCUGUUAUAAAAUUAUUAUUGGCAAUCUUCAUAUUGGUCAUGCCAGCUACACUAUUAUUAAGAGAUACUUUUAAAACAGAUUAUAGCCAUCGUUCUUUUACAAAUGGUAAUUCAAAUUCUUUAGUCGAUAUUAUGAAAGUUCAUGAAUUCGAUCCAUAUAUGAAAUAUAAUAAUGGUACUAAUGAUUUUUAUCCUAUGACUAUCGUUAUAUCUUUAGAUGGUUUCCAUCCUUCACUAGUGUCAGAAAGAUACACUCCUUUUCUACAUCAACUAUUUACGUUGGAAUUAGAUGGUUAUAAUAUCACAUCUACUCCUUACAUGAUACCUAGUUUCCCUACUCAAACAUUCCCUAAUCAUUGGACUUUAGUAACAGGUGAAUACCCAAUAGAACAUGGUAUCGUUUCAAACUUAUUUUGGGAUAGUAAACUAGAUUUAGAGUUUAGUCCAAGUAUUAUGGAUCCGUUGAUAUGGGUUAAUGCAAGUGAACCAAUUUGGCAAACUGUCCAAUCUGCUUUCGCCAAGAAAAGUUCCCAUUCGGAUUUCCCAUUUAAAGUCGCAACUCAUAUGUGGCCUGGUAGUUUUGUUAAUUAUACUAAAUUGGAUUAUGUGCCAAAGGAAAGAAUGCCAUAUUAUGCCGAUGAAUUCAAUCCAUCAGAGCCAUUGGAUAAAAAAUUAUCUAAAAUUAUGGAAUAUAUCGAUAUAGAUUCGAUCCAUGAUAGACCACAGAUGAUUUUGAACUAUAUCCCUAACAUCGAUGCCUUUGGUCAUGCCCAUGGGUAUCCAAUGUCAACAAGAGAUGGUGUAGAUGAAGAAGAUACAAAAGUUGGUAAAAAAUUUGCAGCCAUGUUAACCGAAGUCGAUACGUAUAUACAAAAUCUAUUUGAAAGAAUUGAAGAAAGAAAUAUGGAAAGUUUUACAAAUAUCGUUAUCUUAAGUGACCAUGGUAUGAGUGAUAUUAAAAUUCCUGAAAAUGCAAUCGUUUGGGAAAACUUGUUAGAUUCUAAAACACGUAAGUCUCAUGUUUCACACGUGUAUUUCGAAGGUCCAAUGUUGGCAUUAUAUAUGAAUAAAGUCGAAGACACGAAUAAAGUGUAUCAGGAAUUGAAGGCAAAUUUGAACGAACAUCUUCUAUCUCCAUAUUUCAAAAUAUAUUUGAAUGGUCAAUUCCCAGAAGGCUUAGAUUUCAAUGGCGGUACUAACGAUGCAAUGGGUAAGAGAAGAGUUGCACCAAUUUGGAUUGUUCCAGAGCCAGGGUUUGCAAUUAUGAGCAAAUCAAGCCUGAAAGGAAAGGAGACUAUCAUUGGUUCUCAUGGGUAUGACAAGAAUAGUAUCGAUAUGAGAGCUUUAUUCAUAGGUGUUGGUCCAUACUUUAACCACGGUUAUGUGGAAUCAUUUGAAAAUAUCGAAAUUUAUAAACUUUUAUGUGAUAUUUGCGGUGUCUCACCAAAGGAUAGACAUGUCCAUGAAAGACAGAAGAAGGUUACUGAUGAUAAAUCUAAAUCUAAGGAUGUAUAUGACAUCGGUGCUGAUAUAUUUGCAUUAGAGGAUGAUAUCGAACUGCUAGUUGAGGAUGAUUUUGAUUAUUUAUCAGAGAGGUUUGGUCCAUGGAGUUCAUAUAACUAUAUUUGGGGUGGAUUUGAUGCUUGGAAAGACCCAGCUGAAUAUGAUGAAGUAAAUUCUGAAGGCGAAGGAUCUCAAGAAUAUGACGAACAAAAUGAAGGGCAAAAUGAGAACCAGAAUGAGAACCAAAACGAGGAUCAAAACGAGAAUCAAAACGAGAAUCAAAACGAGAAUCAAAAUGAGAAUCAAAAUGAAGGUCAAGAAGAAGGUCAAGAAGAAGGUCAAAAUAAUGAACAAAACAACGAGCAAAACAACAACGAGAAAAGUAUUGCAAAUGAAUCCAGUGCAUUGUCUAUCACCACUCCCUUCUCUUCUAUUGUACCAACUACUCUGACGACAGAGAUUAUGACAUCUCAUUCCACAUAUAGUUCUGCAGUAAGCUCAGCUCUGCCAAAAACUGAUACAAGUGAGACAUCGAAUUCAUCAAAUGGUGGUGGUUUCUUUGGUUGGUUAGACGACAUUUUAGGUGACGCUAUGAACUGGUAUGAUGAUACAAAAGAAAUAAUAGACGAUGUAGUAGAAGAUAUAGAAGACCUAGUGAGUCCGUCUGCAAAAUAA